GGCGCUUUGCGAAACGAAAAGGAUCGACUGACAAAUUAGAUGAGAAAUUUACAGUUUAAUACGAAUCAUUUUCAACAAAAUAACAAACGGAAUAAAUAUGUCUACUCGAGCGGAAGAAGGAAUGGAAGCUGGUUUCAAGCUUAAACUGGCCAUGUUUAAGGACCAAGUAGUAACAGCUGCGGACAUCAACACUAUAUCUACCAUGAAGUCCCGUGGAGUGCGAGAUGACGAUAUAUACCUCUGCACAUAUCCCAAAUCAGGCGCCCACUGGACAUGGGAAAUUAUUAACAUGAUUACAGCAGGGCAAGCUGAAUAUGCUAAACACUGGCUAAGAAGUUCCCACAUUGACAUGGGAAUGGAAGAGGAUUUUGAAACCAUUUCUUCUCCAAGAAUAUUGUCAUCCCAUCAUAGACCCAGCAUUUUGCCAAGACAAAUUUGGGAACGAAAGUGUCGGGUCAUCAAUGUACAGAGAAACCCCAAAGAUGUUGCCGUGUCUUACUACAACAAUCUUACGAAUCAAGAUUGGCUGGAUAAAUCAAAGGAUCCGUCUUUCACUGGUUCCUGGGAAAACUUCAUGGAUGCCUUUAUCAAAGGAAACUUACCCUAUGAUUCAGUGUUGGAUCACAUGCUGGCAUGGAACAAAUUUCCAGAAGACUACCCGGAUGUUCCUUUUCUUCAAGUACAUUUUGAAGAAUUGAAAAGAAAUAAUGUGGAGGAAAUAAAGCGCCUUGCUGAAUUCCUCAAUCGUCCUCUAUCUGACAAGGUUUACGAAGAAAUCUCUGACGCAUGCAGCUUUUCUGAGCUGAAACAGGCUUCCAAGCACAAGGACCCAACACACUUGAACCCAUGGAGAGACGGGUCAUCUGGUUUGUUCAGCAGAGGCGAAACAGGCGAUUGGAAGAACUGGUUCACAGUUGCUCAGAGUGAGCGAUUCGACAAAAUGUAUGAAGAAAAGUGCCAUCGUCCAUUUCCCUAUUGAAAAGUUCCUUUCCCUCACUCACUCACUCACACGUCAUGCGGUUCAGCUUCACGCAUAUGUAUAAUGUUUUUUAUGCAAAACAGGAACCACUUUUAAUUUGAGGCAGUUCUUCAGUGUUUUCCCCACAAAAAAUAUUUUUAUUCUUUUCCUUAUAUUAUCAAGUACUUUAUUUAUCAACUGCU